AUGGCCUCCCACCUCUGCUGUGGCCGCACAUCCAGAAGCCACUGCCGUACUUCUGGAAAUGCACUGGCUUCCAGAAGUACGGCGGAAGCCUUGCAGCGGUGGCCUGGCAAGCCUCAUGCUGUCCUGGCAGGCUUUGCGGCAGUGGUCCUGGAGGCUUGCAGUGACAGUGGCAGCCUGACAUACCUUGCAGUGGCCGAGGAGGCGGAGGCAGAGAGAAAGCUGGCAAAG